CCAAAACCGAAAGCCCAACUAAGCCGAUCCACAAAAGGCCAGAUGAUAAAUGCUAAAUUUGAUUAGGGUUUUAGGACGCCUCUGCGAAGCUCUGGUAUUUUCCCCAUUCCUAGUUCUCCGCCUUCCUACAGCAACCAACAUGCCUAAACAAAUACAUGAGAUAAAAGAUUUCCUUCUCACAGCGAGAAGGAAGGAUGCUCGUUCCAUCAAAAUAAAGAGGAGUAAGGACGUUGUCAAAUUUAAGGUUCGUUGCUCCAAGUAUCUGUACACUCUCUGUGUGUUCGACACUGAGAAGGCUGACAAGCUCAAGCAGUCUCUUCCUCCAGGUCUCAGUGUCCAAGAUUUGUGAGCAAGCUAAGCUUCUGUUGGAAUUGUUGUUUUCAUUUAGUAACUAGUAGCAAUUGGAACCAACUGUUUUGCUUCAGUUAUGCUUUUUUUUGUAGUUCUUUUGAACGAGAUGCUUGAAGAUAAUAUUUUGACGUCUAAAGUAUUUCAUUUCAUAAACCGCUAUAUAACUUUGCAUCUUUCCUGUUUAAUGAUGAUUUCUUGAUUUUGAUAUGUACUCUUA